UUUUUGCCAGUAAAAAAAAAAGAAAAAGAAAUAUGUCAAUAUUGAUGUUGACGGAAAUGUUGAUUGUAAUGUUAUUUUGUAAAUUCUAAUGAAAUUUAUCUGUGGAAAAAAUUAAUAAAGAACAAUUUGAUGAUCCCAUGGAUGAAAGAACAAAUUGCUGAUGUGUGGAAUAGGAAAAAUUCGUCAAGGACAGCCAAGAAAGCGUCGACGGCGACGUCAGGAUCUGGCUCGGGACUACCAUGUGCAACAAAUGAAAAUAAAAACGAUAAUAAAUCUAAUAAUAAAAUGAUGUCAUUGACAGCAGCUUCUUCAUCUUCUAAUUCAUUCAACAUUUCUGUAAUCAGCCUGGAAGGAGAUUUGCUGGACGUAUCAGUAAAACCGGACUUAAGCGUGGACAAGUUAAAAACAAUAGCAAUAAAGCAUUUUUACGGUCAAGAUCCAUCAAAAGUGUCAUCUGGGUUCCACUUAAUCCACGCGGAGCACAUCCGUCAGUUAUCUGACGACAACAGCCUGGUUGACGAAAACGUGGGAGCAUCUGACGAGCUGCUGAUGAUACAGGUUCGCCCGUUGGUCAAGGUCAAGGAGCUGACGGAAGAUUCAGUGAAAGGACCACCAGUAGAAAUGAUCCUGAAGGCUACAAGUCACUUGUCAGAAGCAAAGCCUCCUAGACCGACACCAACGACGGACUGCCCGGCGGAUUUCCAGGCUGAAAUCCGGAAGAUCUUAAUAACUUUAGUCGAAGCAUCAGCUAAAAUUCUGAUGAACAGUCCGGAGGCUUCAACGCUUUACGAAAUAAUCCGGGAGACCUUGGAGCUGCGUUACAGACCUCCUUACGACCCGAAGACGGUCAAGUACCUGACGGACAUCGGGUUCUCGGAAGCAAAAGUGCUCCGGGCGUUGAGAAUCUGCAAAAUGAACGUCUCGGAAGCUCUCGAGUGGCUGAUUGAGCACCAGGAGGACCCGGAUGACUGCGACAAUGAUGACUACUUGUCUCUCCCCUUGAUUCAGGCCGACGGGGAGCCUAAAGUCGAGCCGGAAAAAGGAGCAGGACCCAGCUCUGGCUCCCCGACUGGAAACAAGCCUGGAAGCUCCAGGAGGAAGAGCAUCAAGGAAGCCUGCUUCGACAUCAUCAAAGGCUCCAAGGACUCUGGGAAGAAAGACACCAACCUGGUGUACAUCGUCGGGUUGCUGCUCCAGAGUUUUCAUCAAUACAAGCAGCUAGAGUUCCGUCCGAACCACAAGAUCAAGGAGUCCUUGAUUGAGAUGGGCUUCCAGGAGAAGAAUGUCGUUGAAGCGCUCAAGAUCACCGGGAAUAAUCAGUUCAAUGCCUGCGAAUGGCUCCUCGGGGUCAGGAAUAAGAAUUUACAUGAUGUUGACCAGGGCCUGGAUGCUGAUAGUCCCAUUUAUAAGGCUAUUAUGACCAAUCCUCAUAUUCAGCUGAGUCUUACUAUUCCUAAGAUGCUACUGGCUUAUUUGUCUAUUUUAGAGACUCCUUCGUCCACCAGCAUUUGGAUUAAUGAUCCGGAGGUCUCUCCGGUUUUGAGCCAGAUUUUUAAGACUUAUCAUGCGGAGAAACACGCUAUUCAUAUGAAUAGAUAUGAAAAUUCAGAUAAUUAAUUGGAAUUAUGGCACUGAAAAAUUUACUCUAAAAAAAUUAGCAAUAAAAAAAUUAUUUGGUGAAAA